UGGAGUGUGAAUGUGAUGAGUAAGGGGCAUUAUGGUCAAGAAAAGGUUGUAAGGGAACAAGUGUUGUGUAAGUGUGAAGAGUGAAGAGUGAAGAGUGAAGAGUGAAGUAAGAAGACAAAAAGAGGUGAGGGAAAGUCGUGGGAACGAAGAAGCGAACAAAGACAAAUCAAGGAGGAAAGGGAAAAGCCCUUGUGCUUUUUUGGGGUUUGUUUCUCACCAGAGGUUGCUGAUGUUGGUGCUCUUCAUUGCAGAAGCUUAUUUCAAGCAUUGUGGAAGUGACCUGAGCAUUUAGCUGUUUGAGUAGAAAAUAUGAGCUACGGCAGCUCCUCAACGAGUUCUGGUGGUGGGACUUCUAGAAGGACAUUUGAGUUUGGAAGGACCCAUGUGGUCAGACCUAAAGGGAAACACCAGGCAACUAUAGUUUGGCUACAUGGCCUUGGUGAUAAUGGUUCAAGCUGGUCCCAACUUCUGGAAACUCUUCCUCUUCCAAAUAUUAAAUGGAUUUGCCCAACUGCUCCUACACGGCCUGUAGCCAUAUUUGGUGGAUUUCCUUGCACUGCUUGGUUUGAUGUUGGAGAGAUUUCAGAAGAUGCUCCUAAUGAUUUAGAGGGUUUAGAUGCUUCUGCAGCACAUGUUGCCAAUCUUUUGUCAACAGAGCCUCCAAAUAUCAAACUUGGUAUUGGGGGCUUCAGUAUGGGUGCUGCAACUGCACUGUAUUCAGCUACGUGCCAUGUUUUGGGGCACUAUGGGAAUGGAAACAUUUACCCUAUCAACUUAAGUGCAAUUGUUUCUUUAAGUGGCUGGCUUCCUUGUUCAAGGACCUUGAAAAACCAAAUUGAACGAUCACGUGAUGGCAUAAGGCGUGCAGCAUCAUUGCCCUUAUUUCUCUGCCAUGGAAAAGGUGAUGAUGUGGUUGCAUAUGAACAUGGAGAGAGGUCUGCAGUGGCCUUAAGUUCUGCAGGAUUCCCGAAUCUUAUAUUUAGGAGUUACAAUGGGUUGGGUCACUAUACAAUCCCUGAAGAGACUGAUGAAGUUUGCAGGUGGCUAACUGCAAAUUUGGGACUGGAGGGGUUUCGGUUGAACUGAACUAGACUAGAGAAGUAAAGCUGAAUUGGGUCACACAUAUAAACCAUAGUUAGGCAGUGAAAGAGGGGCUAUAAAAUAGAUAGUGGUGUGGUGGGGUAUAUUAGUGAUGGUAUAGUCGCUUCAUUCGCUCUCCUAUUCUCAUGGUACUAAAUAAAUGUUUUUUUUUCCAAGGGUUACUAUCUUUAUUGCUUUGAAAUUUGGGAAUGCUUUGGUGGGACAUGGAUAGUUUCCUCCACAUCCAGCAAAUUUUGUUUAUUUCAUUCGGGCAUGGAUAUGUAUGUUGCUUUAUGUAUUCAUAUUGUCUAAAUAAAGUCUAAUUUUAUUAAGCAGA